ACUUUCAGCCAGUUCCCCUGCGUACGCCGUGGCAUCAGCACGCAACAAAACCGAGUUCCAAUCCAAUCCAAAUCCGAUCUGAUCUGAUCUGAUCCCAUAUAUACAUAUAUCCUCAAGCGAAAGCGAAAUCUCAAACUUAACUCGCCGCCAUGGAGUUCAACAAUCGUCUGCUGCUUAAAAUCAUUGAGUUGGCCAUUGCCAUCUGCUGCAUUGUGAUGUACGAGGUGGUGGGAGCCCUGUCCUCUCGUCCCCUCAUUGUUUGCGGCACCAUUGGUGGCUUCACAAUCAUUUGUGGCGUUCUGCUGAUCGGACACGUGAUCAAUUCGCUGGUGGAGAAGCGCCUGAAUGCCCUGAUCUCGCUGAUUGGCUGCGUGGCCUUUGUGACCUCUGGUGCCUUGGUGAUCGAUGAGUGGCAUGAUGCCAUCCUGCAGAGCGACAGGAAGCGUAAUGCCAUUGCCGCCGGUUCGCUGAUGAUCAUCAAUGGGGCUGUCUUCCUACUGGAUACCCUUUCCAUUUGCCGAACGUAAAGAUUCUUUUACAAAACAGAACUUUAUUGUCAGCUAAAUGCGCUUUAAAUUACUGAUUUUUUUUUUUGCAAAUCGAAUAACUCAUGAAGAGAAAAACGAAGAAUCUAAAAAAAGAUAUAUAUAAAUAUAUAUAUAUAGAGAGAGAGGUAUAUAUGUAUAGGUAUAGCUGGGGCAAGGGGAAAAUUAACUAUAUUCAUUUUUAAUGAAAAUAAAAAUUAAAAAAAGGUUUUUAUUGAGAAAAGAAUUAUUUUAUUAUUUUUUUAGCUUGAAUAUUAAUUUUUAAAUCAAAAUUAAAUUAAAGAAAGAAAUUAUAGAAAACAAAAUAAUAUAUAAAGUUUAAUGAUCAAAAUUCAAGAACAAAACUCUUCAAGAUUUAAAAUUUUUUUAAAUAAAAUUUAAAUAAUUAAUUUAAUUAUAGAAAGGUUUUUAUAAAGAAUAAAAUAAUAAUCAAAAUUCCCAAAAAUUCAAGAACAAAAAUUCUUCAAGAUUUUACAUUUUACAAAAAAUUAAUUUAAUAAAUUCUUUAAUAUCUAGCAAUUUUCCCAUUGCCUUAUAUAUAUACCUAAAUAUUAUACCCAAAUUUUUUUUUGUAUGAACAUCCAUAUUUGUACAUGUGUCCAUGUAUACGUUUUGUAUGUAGCACUUAAGCUAAUCUCAGAUUUAUGCACGCCGCUAAAGAUUCCCAUUGCAGGGAGCUUGAAAGAACCUCAGAUUAUUAUUAUAUUUACAGGAAUCCAUUAAAUAUAUAUAUGUAUAUGCGCACAUACACACACCAGUA